ACCAUCGAGACUCUGGACUUCAGCUGAAGUGUCAACGUGUCCGCUGCUGUUCCGCUGAAGGCUUUGCGGCCGGCCCGAGCGGCGCCAUGAGCCCCCGGGUGUGUCCGAGCUGCGGCUCCUCGGACGUGGAUGUGGACCAAUCGCGUGGCGACGCCGUGUGCAUGGGCUGCGGCACCGUGCUGGAGGACAACAUCAUCGUGUCCGAGGUGCAGUUCGUGGAGUCGGGCGGGGGGGGCUCCUCGGCCGUCGGGCAGUUCGUCUCCUCGGAAUCUGAAAACAGAAUUGGGAACUUUGGAGAAUCUCACAUCGCAGGAAUCGGGCGAGCGUCUCGAGCGCAGACUCUGCAGAAAGCCCGACUACACAUCAACACUCUGGGUCACCAGCUGAAGAUGAACCAGCACUGCCUGGACACGGCCUUCAACUUCUACCGGAUGGCGCUCACCAAACAUCUGACCAACGGGCGCAAGUGCGGCCACGUCAUCGCCGCCUGCCUCUACCUGGUCUGCCGCACGGAGGGGACGCCGCACAUGCUGCUGGAUCUCAGCGACCUGCUGCAGGUGAACGUCUACGUGUUGGGAAGGACCUUCCUCGUGCUGGCCAGAGAGCUGUGCAUCAACGCCCCGGCUAUAGACCCGUGCCUCUACAUCCCACGGUUUGCCCAGCUGCUGGAGUUUGGCGAGAAGAACCAUGACGUCGCCAUGACGGCGAUGAGACUGGUGCAGAGGAUGAAGAGGGACUGGAUGCACACGGGACGAAGGCCGUCGGGACUCUGUGGAGCAGCUCUUCUCGUCGCCGCUCGCAUGCACGACUUCUGUCGCACGGUGAAGGAAAUCGUCAGCGUCGUGAAAGUCUGUGAAAGCACGUUGAGAAAAAGACUGAAUGAGUUUGAGAACACGCCCACCAGCGAGCUGACCAUCGAGGAGUUCAUGCGCGUGGAUCUGGACCAGGAGUGCGACCCGCCCUGCUUCACGGACGGACUGAAGAAGAAGAAGAUCCAGCAGCUGGAGGUGGAGCUGAAGAAAAAGAUGGACGACGUUGAAGAUGAAAUCCACGACUUCGAGGAUGAAAUCGAUGCCGAGCUCGAGAGCGUCCGACCCAAACUGAGAGGAGUGUACGCUGCUUACACUAAAGAAGAAGAUCCAGAUGUCAAAGACGACGUCCUCUCCACGUCGUCCAAAGUCUCAGACGACGUGGACGAGGAGGAGGAGGAGCUUCAGGCCGUCGCCAAGCACUUCGGCAAAGAGCUGGGCGAGCUCACGCUGGAGGCUCUGCUGAAGCUGGAGAAGAAGAGGCCGGAGGAGGAAGAGGAGGAGGAGGAAGAGGAGGAGGAGGAGGGAGGUGUCCCGAGGAGAAAAGGCCCGACGCUGGAGUCCAUCCUGGGUCGGAUGUCCACGGCCUCCACCCUGGGCCUCUCCGAGUCCAUCAGCACCUGCAUCGGACACGAGAAGGAGAACGAUGGCGCCGCAGACAGCGGGGAGCUGGACCUGAGCGGGAUCGAUGACGGAGAGAUAGAGCUGUACCUGCUGGACGACAGAGAAAUCAAAAUCAAGACGGCGCUGUGGAUGGCGGAGAACUCCGACUACCUCAAAGAGCAGAGAGAAAAGGAGGUGAAGAUAGCGAAGGAGAAGGAGCUCGGGAUCUACAAAGAGAAGAAGCCCCGAGGCCCCUCCAGGAAACGGGCGCCGAUCCGAGCGAGCACGGCCGACGAGGCCAUCGGGAAGAUGCUGGAGCAGAAGAAGAUCUCGUCCAAGAUCAACUACGACGUCCUGAAGGACCUGAACAUCAAACCCGGCGCCAGCCCGGCUCGCGCGGUGGAGUCCCCGAAGAAGGAACCGUCCGCCGCCAAGCUGACGGGACGCAACCGCAACCCUGCCCGGGCGCCGCUCAGCCUCAGCACGCCGCUAAGCACCCUGGGAAAAAGGUUGCAGCCGUUCAUCACCGGGCAGCCCAACAAGAAGCUGGCUGUGGAGCAGGUGGGCUCCUCCAACCCCCUGCCGCUGCCGGUGGGAAACCCCGCCAUCGCAGUGCUGGUGGAGAGCGGGCCGGUGGUCUACGAUGAGGCUGCCGAUGAGGAAGAGGAGGAGGAAGAGGACCCCUGCAUGAGCGCCAUGGAGAUGAUGGGCAGCAACGAUUACGGCUGCGACGGAGAGUACGAGGAUUGAUUCCAGCUUUCACCUCCUCGGCUCAUCAUCUGUUUUGGACUCGCUCCAUUUUGGCUCCCCGACUGUAUCAUGUGUUCACGACAAAGGGAAACAAAAUGGCUGCAGCCACAGAUGAGAACUGUGAAGCCGAGAGGAAGAAGUAAAACCUCCCGCUCCUCCUCGUCCAGCUCGUCCUCGUGUGGACGGACACAGAGGACAGAGGUGGUGAAGAGGAGAUGAGAGACACUGGGACAGGAAGGAAGCUCAACUGGGACAAACAUUCAUACAGUUAGGUUACAUGUGUUUUAAUAACAUAUACAUGACUGUGUUUUAAUACUUCAUGGGGAAAACCAGUCAUUUAAAUGCUGCUAAAGCAACGAUUAUGAAACGAGACAUGCAGGAAGAUUUCAUCUGGGGACGAACGCUGCAGAUUCCUCUCCUGGUUUUAACCUUUUCCAUCGUUUAGUCACCGGAAACACGAGUGGAACAAACUGUCUUCAUGCUUCAACCUGCACUUAUCACUCGAGUACUUAACAGACGGCGACGAGAACAACUUCCUGUCGCCUCCGAACCCUGUUCCUACAUUUCAGCGUCUCCACGGCAACACGCUCUCCAAACAAGCUUCUGCCAAUCAGGUUAGCGUGGGAUCAAUCAUCGCUACCCGUGAUUGGCCGAUUGUAUUAUUCAGGUCGAUUAAAGCCUUCUGUGAUUGGUGGACGGACGCGAGCCGCCUGCGUCUCCGAAGCCUCACAGCGACGACGCCUUCGAACAGGAAGUACCAGGUUUAUGCGCCAAUGUCUGUUGUUGAAUAUGAAUUAGUGAGAUUUUAGUGCAUUUUUUAUUUAGCUGGUAAUUCAGUUUGGGCUUUUCCGGUUUAUUUUGUGACAGAACGGAUCUAAUUUAACGAGGUUGUAUCUUUUCCUUUGAGGCGAUCAUGCUUUACGGCGUCCACUGAGGCGUUUAGGAUCUAUUUUCUAUUUAAGGUUUUAUGAUUUUUUUGUGUUGGAGUAAUGACACUUGAGAGGUGAAAGUGAAUGUGGCCUUUUCACUGUGUCCACACACACACACACACACACACAACAGUGUUUAACGAGGCGUCCCUGAACGCCUCUGCUGCUGCUGCUGAUGUUACAACCUGCAUACUGUUGUGUGAGUUUGCUGCUAAAGUAAAGAU